AGCGCGGCCUGGCGCGGCCCCUCAGUUCCGUGUUGGGCCCGCGAUGCUGUCGGCGGGCGGCGGCUCCGGCCCCGCCGGGGCGGGCGGCUCCGGGCCGGGGCUCGGCGGGGACGGCGAUUUCCUGUCGCGGUACCGGCUGGUGUCGGCCAAGCUGCGGCGGCGGUUCCUGCGGAAGCCGAACGUGGCGGAGGCGGCGGAGCAGUUCGCGGCGCUGGCACGGGAGCUGCGCGCCCAGGAGAGCCUGCCCUACGCCGCCUGGUGCCAGCUGGCAGUGGCGCGCUGCGCCCAGAGCCUGUUCCACGGCCCUGCCGAGGCGGCCGCGCUGGCCGAGGCCGCGCGGCUCUUCCUGCGCCAGGAGCGAGACCUGCGGCAGCGCCUGGGGUUGCGCGGUGGCUUCGGCGAGCACGUGGCGGCGGCGCAGAGCUGCGGGGCCUUCGCCGCCCGCCUGCACCUGGAGCGGGGGCAGCCCGCGCUGGCGGCCGGGCCGUGCCUGGAGCUGGCGGCGGCGCUCCGCGACACGGGACAGCCCGCCCACGCCGCCGCGCCCCUGCAGCGGGCGGCGGAGCUGCUGACGGCCGGGCGGCUGCCGCUGCAGGCUCUGCGCUGCCUGGCCGAGCGCGCGUCCUGCCUGCUGCUGGCCCGCGACUACGCCGGGGCGCUGGCCACGCUGACGCGGGCGCAGGCGCUGGCCGGGGCCGGGCUGGGUGGUGCGGCCGGGGCCGGGGCCGCGGCCGGCGGCGCCUUCCUGGACGUGCUGGCGCGGUGCGAGGUGUCGCGGGUGCUGCUGCUGCUCCUGCUGCAGCCGCCGCCCGCCAAGCUGCUGCCCGAGCACGCCCGCACGCUGGAGCAGUACUGCUGGGAGGCGCCCGACGGCGGACCGGGCACCGGCAGCGGGAGCGGCACCGGGACGGGCGGGGGCCUGCCGCCGGCCGCCAGCUACCUGCCGGCCGAGCUGUUCCUGCUGCUGCAGUCGGCAGUGCUGGCGUGCCAGGAGAAGGACGCGGAGGCGCUGAAGGCGCUGCAGGCCGAGCUGUGGCCGCUGCUGAGCGCAGAACAGAACCAUCUGCUGCACCUGGUGCUGCAGGAGAUGCUGAGCCCUGCCGGACAGGGGCUCUGAGCGCCGCCGCCCGCAGGGACAGGUCGGACUGGUCGCUUCAGGCGGUGCCAGCACAGACUCUAUUCCGUUAUUUAUUUUUAAUACGAGUUCUGUAACACAAUGAAGUAAUGGUUGAUGAGAGAAUAUGUUCAUCUACACGUUUGCCUUGUGUCACAGUAAACUACUCACUGUAUGUACUGGAAGUUGUCAUGCUUGAAAAAAGUGUAACCCUAAAGAAGAAAGGCCGUUUCAGGGCAGAAGGAAGCUGUUCAUUAAAAGACUGGCUGCAA